UUCCACCGGAUCAACCUCGGCUUACUGUAUCCAAAACCACAUCGUCCUCCAUCACUCUUUCCUGGCUCCCUGGAGACAAUGGGGGCAGUUCUAUCAGAGGUUACAUCCUGCAGUACUCUGAGGACAACAGCGAGCAGUGGGGGAGCUUCCCCAUCAGCCCCAGUGAGCGUUCUUACCGUCUGGAGAAUCUGAAGUGCGGAACUUGGUAUAAGUUCACGCUUACGGCCCAGAAUGGAGUGGGGCCCGGGCGCAUCAGUGAGAUUAUAGAGGCCAAAACACUGGGAAAAGAGCCCCAGUUCUCUAAGGAGCAGGAACUCUUUGCCAGUGUCAACACCACACGUGUGAGGCUGAACCUCAUCGGCUGGAAUGAUGGCGGCUGCCCCAUCACCUCCUUCACACUUGAGUACAGGCCUUUUGGGACCACAGUCUGGACGACAGCUCAGCGGACCUCUCUCUCCAAGUCCUACAUCCUGUAUGACCUGCAGGAAGCCACCUGGUAUGAGCUGCAGAUGCGGGUGUGCAACAGUGCUGGCUGUGCAGAAAAGCAGGCCAACUUCGCCACGCUCAACUACGAUGGCAGUACAAUUCCUCCACUCAUUAAGUCAGUCGUCCAAAGUGAAGAAGGGCUGACGACCAACGAAGGGCUCAAGAUGCUGAUGACCAUCUCCUGCAUCCUGGUGGGCGUCCUGCUGCUGUUUGUUCUCCUGCUAGUGGUGCGGAGAAGGCGGCGGGAGCAGAGGCUGAAGCGGCUGAGAGAUGCAAAGAGUUUAGCUGAAAUGCUCAUGAGUAAGAACACUCGGACCUCAGACACCUUAAGCAAGCAACAACAGACUCUGAGGAUGCACAUCGACAUACCCCGGGCUCAGCUUUUGAUUGAAGAGAGAGACACAAUGGAGACCAUUGAUGACCGCUCCACGGUCCUACUCACGGAUGCUGACUUUGGAGAGGCAGCGAAACAGAAGUCCCUGACGGUGACUCACACGGUCCAUUACCAAUCUGUGUCUCAGGCCACUGGGCCCCUAGUGGACGUUUCGGAUGCUCGGCCGGGAACGAAUCCGACCACCAGGAGGAAUGCAAAGGCUGGGCCCACAGCCAGAAACCGGUACGCCAGCCAGUGGACCCUCAACAGACCCCACCCCACCAUCUCAGCACACACCCUCACCACAGACUGGAGGUUGCCAACGCCUAGGGCGACGGGAUCCGUGGACAAGGAGAGUGACAGUUACAGUGUCAGCCCAUCACAGGACACAGACCGAGCAAGAAGCAGCAUGGUCUCCACAGAAAGUGCCUCCUCCACCUACGAAGAACUGGCCAGGGCCUACGAACAUGCCAAGAUGGAAGAGCAGCUGAGGCACGCCAAGUUCACGAUCACAGAGUGCUUCAUAUCUGACACGUCAUCUGAGCAGCUGACGGCAGGGACAAAUGAGUACACAGACAGUCUGACCUCCAGCACCCCUUCAGAAUCUGGGAUCUGCAGGUUCACUGCAUCUCCCCCCAAACCUCAGGAUGGAGGGCGAGUAACAAACAUGGCAGUUCCAAAGGCACAUCGGCCAGGCGACCUCAUCCAUCUGCCUCCAUACCUUCGAAUGGACUUCUUAUUAAACCGGGGUGCUCCAGGCACCAGCAGGGACCUGAGUUUAGGACAAGCGUGCUUGGAACCUCAGAAAAGUCGGACCCUGAAGCGCCCCACAGUCCUUGAACCCAUCCCAAUGGAGGCCUCCUCCUCCACGUCCUCCACCAGGGAAGGACAGUCAUGGCAGCAGGGGGCUGUGGCCACAUUACCUCAGCGAGAAGGGGCAGAGCUGGGACAAGCAGCUAAAAUGAGCAGCUCCCAAGAAUCGCUGCUCGACUCUCGGGGCCAUUUGAAAGGAAACAAUCCGUACGCAAAAUCCUACACCCUGGUAUAACAAAAGGCAUGGCUGGACAGCGUUGUAAAUACAAUUUAAACAAUUCAAUCAAAGCUACCUUUUUUUUACAGAAUUCCAAUAUUUAUAAUUAAAGAAAAUUGCCAAAAUAUAUUAAAAAAAAAAAAAGAAAGAAAAUACUGAAACCACGGACAGUGCAAAGACUCUCCUGCUUUUUUUCUGUCUGAGUGUGAGCUCCAUCUGCCUGGGCAUCUGAUUUUUUGGGAAAGAAGCCCAGUUUUAUGACCUUCACGGGCUAUUGCAUUUUUACUGAUUUUCUACAAAGAGCAUGGGGGACUAAUUUAACCUUCUGACUGGAAGUUCUAUCACACAAGAGUCAAGAAAGAAAAUGGGAGGGGGGUGAAAUUAGCCUAUUUGUGAAUUUAAAAGGAACAUUGAUUUGGGGGCAGGGGACAGCUUCAGUCACGUUUGCACACCUUUCUUUCCCAUUAGAAAGCAGGUCCUCAAUUUGAUGUUCUGUUGUUAAUUAGGAUGCGUGCCGUCAGUGAUGGGGUGGGGGGUCCAAUUUGGUUUUUCUUUUUUGCUUAUUUUUUAAUUUGAUGAGACACUCUUUGCAUUUUGUCUAAGCGAAAUAAAAAAGAAAAGGUGGUCUGCCU